AUGAAUAUCGAUAAGCUUUGGGGCAGGAGAGGAUACGUGAUAAGAAGGUUGACACGUAUGUCUACUUUUGUCGAGGAUGUAAGGACCAAAAAGAUUCGACCCGAGGACGAACACAUAUUGUUGCGGCUAGAUAAAGUCGACGCAUUUGGACAAGAAUUUCAAGAUUUCAUCGAAGAUGCAACUGAAGAAGACAAGUUCGAAUCUCAAUAUGCAGAAGUGAAGGUUUUGCUAAUGCGAUGGCAAGAGUUGUUAAAGCCACGCCAAACAACAAGUGAAAACGUCAACACUGGUGCGAGUGCGUUAGAACGGAUGCUUCAACAACAAGCAGAGAUUCUUCUACAAAUUUCAAAUCAAUCAACCAAUGAGAGACUUUCAACCUCAAAUUCAAGUUCUCACGUAAGAUUGCCCGUCAUAAACUUACCUAAUUUUGACGGCAAGAUUGAGAAUUGGAAGCGAUUCUCGGACACUUUCAGAACAUUAAUUCACGAGAGCGAAUUGCCAAAUGUGCAAAAACACCAGUAUCUGAUCAGUGCCCUAUCAGGAGCCGCAGCAAAAAUAACGAUUGAGAUUUCCGUGACAAACUGUGAAGUCGCUUGGAAAUUGUUAAACGAUCGUUUUGACAACGACAAAACUAUUUGCAAACGUCACAUACAAUGCUUGUUCGAGAUACCACAGGUUGACGUCGAAUCAUCUACUGGGAUUCAAAACUUGAUAGAUCACAUACAAAACAUACAAAAACAUCUUAGAGUUUUGAAACGCAUUAAACUCCCAACUGACAAGUGGGACGAUCUAUUGUUGUACAUGAUAGAAGAGAAAAUUGACAAACUAACAAGACGUCAUUGGGAGGAAUUUCUCGAGGGAAAGGAAGAAGUGUCUGUUUAUAUAAUGAUAGAUUUCCUUCAACGACGAUGUCAACUGUUGGACAGAAGAGCAUCAUCCAGUGGAUUUAUUACUUAA